AUGAUUCCUAGGAUACCCAUCCUCACUUCCUCCCUCUUGAUAAGCUCCACCCUACUCACCUCCACCGUCCAAGCCAAACAAGAGACAUUCGACUACGUCGUCGUCGGCGGAGGAACAGCAGGCGUGACUCUUGCAGUGCGAUUAGCAGAAGCCUCGCAUAGCGUCGCGCUGAUCGAAGCCGGUACAUACUACGAAGACAGCUGGUCGCUCGCCGCCAUCCCUGGCGCAGAUGUGAUCCCCGUUGGUUCUGAUCCUGAUGCGAAGUUUGGUGCGGACUGGGGGUUUGUGACGACGCCGCAGGAAGGCGCCGAUGGGCGGGAGAUACAUUUCGCGAGGGGGAAAUGUUUAGGUGGCUCCUCCGCGUCGAAUUUUAUGGUUUAUCAAAGGCCAACCAAAGAAUCAAUGGAACUUUGGGCAGAGGCAGUGAACGAUAGCAGCUACUCAUUCGAAAAUACCCUGCCCUUCUACAAACGCACCGCCAACCUCACUGCGCCCGAUACUACCUUACGAACAGAAAAUGCGAGUGUCCAAUACAAUGCCAACUCCUUCGACGCAACAGGCGGACCGCUCCAAGUUUCAUACUCCAGCUUCGUGCAGGCUUUCUCCACCUGGAUGGCGCGGGGUUUGAAAGCCAUCGGGCUCUCUGAAACAGACUUCAACAGCGGAGAGCUAUCGGGCUACCAGUACUGCGCGUCGACUAUCAAGCCGGAUGAUAAAACACGCAGUAGCUCGCAGGCCGCUUUUAUCCCGAAGGGAAAGAAAGUACCUGACAACCUGACUAUACGCACUCAGCACCUCGCGAAGCGAAUCCUCUUCGAUGAGCAGAAGAAUGCUGUUGGUGUCGAAGUAGCAGAUGGGUUCGGAUUCAGGUCGAAUAUCACGGCUUCAAAGGAGGUCAUUGUUUCGGCUGGGGCCUUCCAGUCGCCCCAGCUUCUUAUGGUCUCGGGAAUUGGGCCUGCAGAUCAGCUAGCGGAGCAUGGUAUUGAGGUCAUCUCUGACCUGCAGGGAGUCGGCCAGAAUAUGUGGGAUCAUCCGUUCUUUGCACUAACCUACCGCGUCAAUGUGGAAACGUUCACGAGACUCGCCAAUGACCUGCUUUACCUCGCUACCACAUUCCUUGACUAUACGACAAAACAUACGGGGCCGCUCACAAACCCGGUGGCUGAUUUCAUUGCGUUCGAGAAGAUUCCGGACUCUCACCGCGGGGGAUUCUCAGCGGAGACGGACAAGAGCCUUGCGCAGUUUCCGGGAGAUUGGCCUGAAGUCGAGUACAUGUCCGGCGCAGGCUACGUCGGCUCCUUCAGCGGACUCCUGAACACACAACCCAAGGACGGCUACCAGUACGGCUCAAUCCUCGGUAUCCUAAUAACACCCACCUCCCGAGGAAAUAUCACCCUCAGCUCCGCAGAUACCUCCGAUCCACCCGUGAUCAACCCAAACUGGCUCACCACGCAAUCCGACCAACAAGCCGCACUCGCCAUCUUCAAGCGCAUUCGGCAGAUCUUCGCCAGCGAGGGCAUGCAGCCUGUUGUUAUUGGGGACGAGUAUUACCCAGGCAAUGGCACGCAAAGCGAUGAGGAGAUUUUGCAGUUUGUGAGGCAGAAUGUAAUGACUCUGUGGCAUCCCUCGGCUACGUGUAAGAUGGGUACGAGGCAGGACGCGGAUGCUGUUGUUGAUAGUAGGGCGAGGGUGUUUGGGGUUAGUGGGUUGAGGGUUGUGGAUGCGAGUGCGUUUCCGUUUUUGCCGCCGGGGCAUCCGCAGAGUACUGUUUAUAUGUUGGCGGAGAAGAUUGCGGACGAUAUUAUCAGGGGUUGA